UAUGUGAGGGGUGGACGAAUAUCGGAUAAAUACAUCCCCACAUAUCAAUCGAAUCCGAAUCAGGACGCCAAAGAGACUACCGGUACGGUCCAACGGAUGCUAUUUUACCCGGUGUUUAUCCAAGUCAAUUUGUUUGUUUGGUGAGGAUGCUCGUGCCUUUUCGGCUCCUCACCUGGGACACGGAAGAGCAGCAUUUCUGAAACGGAAAAUAACACUUGACAACAAAUAGGAGCAUUCCAAUUUUGACUGUUUUUGCCUUUGGAGACUGAUGUCAAUUUAAAAUAAGGACAAUCUAAGAACAUUUCGGGAAGCAACUACACUACACUACAAUAAACCAGCAAGUGCCGUCGUAAGGAUUCAACAACUCAAUCAGCGCAAUGAGUGAUGGGCCGAGGCAGCGUGCGGGCACAGCAGUGUCGUCUGGAGACGCUCCAUCAGAAAGCGGGAAGGACUCGGGUGGUGGAGUGGCCCUGAAGAAAGAGAUCGGGCUCGUCAGUGCCUGUGGCAUUAUCGUCGGUAACAUUAUCGGAUCCGGGAUCUUUGUGAGCCCUAAGGGGGUUCUGGAGAACGCCAGCUCAGUGGGCUUGGCUCUGAUCGUCUGGAUCGUCACCGGCAUCAUCACUGCCAUCGGUGCACUCUGCUAUGCUGAGCUGGGCGUCACCAUCCCCAAGUCUGGAGGUGACUACGCCUAUGUCAAGGACAUCUUCGGUGGACUGGCCGGAUUCCUAAGGCUGUGGAUCGCCGUACUGGUGAUCUACCCCACCAACCAGGCCGUCAUCGCCCUCACCUUCUCCAACUACGUGCUGCAGCCCCUCUUCCCCACCUGCUUCCCCCCGGAGAACGGCCUGCGUCUGCUGGCUGGAGUCUGCCUGUUGCUGCUGACAUGGAUAAACUGUUCCAGUGUGCGCUGGGCUACGCGCGUCCAGGACGUUUUCACCGCAGGGAAGCUCCUGGCCUUGUUGCUCAUCAUCAUCAUGGGCAUUGUGCAGAUCUGCAAGGGAGAGUAUUAUUGGCUGGAGCCGGCCCAUGCCUUUGAGCCUUUCCAGGAGUAUGAUGUGGGCUUGAUUGCUCUCGCGUUCUUACAAGGCAGCUUUGCCUAUGGGGGCUGGAACUUCCUCAACUACGUGACCGAGGAGCUGGUUGACCCCUAUGUGAACCUACCUCGUGCCAUCUUCAUCUCCAUUCCCUUGGUGACAUUUGUUUACGUCUUUGCCAACAUCGCCUACGUCACCGCCAUGAGUCCACAGGAGCUGCUGGCGUCCAACGCCGUCGCUGUGACGUUUGGUGAGAAGCUGCUGGGAGUGAUGUCAUGGAUCAUGCCCAUCUCUGUGGCUCUGUCCACCUUCGGGGGAGUAAACGGCUCCCUCUUCACCUCAUCCCGGUUGUUCUUCGCCGGGGCGAGAGAGGGCCACCUCCCCAGCCUGCUGGCCAUGAUCCACAUGAAGCGCUGCACUCCCAUCCCAGCUCUCCUCUUCACUUGCCUGUCCACCCUGCUCAUGCUGUGCACCAGUGACAUGUACACUCUCAUCAACUACGUGGGCUUCAUCAACUACCUCUUCUACGGGGUCACUGUUGCCGGGCAGAUCGUCCUGCGCUUCAAACAGCCAGACAUGCAUCGGCCAAUCAAGAUCAGUCUGAUAUGGCCAGUGAUCUACCUGCUUUUCUGGGCCUUCCUCCUCAUCUUCAGCCUUUACUCUGAACCUGUGGUGUGUGGCCUCGGCAUGGCCAUCAUGCUCACCGGUGUCCCUGUCUACUUCCUGGGCGUAUACUGGGAGAACAAGCCCGAGUGCUUCAACACCUUAGUUGCUAAGAUGACGUACGUCGGACAGAAGUUCUGCAUGGUGGUCUACCCCGCGGAGGACCACAAAGACGACGAUGCAGGAGUCGAACUGAAGGAGGAGAAGUCCCCUCUGUCCGGAGAGGAUGAAGAGAUGCAGAAAUCCGACUGCUAAACCCUCACUCAUCCACUCAUUCACUCAUUCACACAAACGAGGCACUGCACCGCCAAUAGUAUACUUAGUAUUUUUCAACUGAAUCGAUACCCAUGAUCGAUACACAGAUGAGGAGGGUCCUGUUGGAGGACUGAGAGUCGAGGUUUUUAGGGUGGGGGGGGGGGGGGGGGGCGGGGAGGGGCUGGAUCUUUUCAUUGAAUACACUACCUCUAAGUGGUUCACUCUCCCCAGCAUCCUCUUGUGACCCCUGAAUGUGACAGUCAGCUCCUCACACACAAGACACACACACACACAAGACACACACACACACACACACACGACACUUUCUUCUCACCUUCCUCGCCUCUCCAUCGCUUCCACUCUCAUCCUGUGUUUCACACACUCCCAGCACACUCCAGUGUAGACGCAUCCCCACUACAUUUCAACUGCCUGAUCGACUUCACUUUCAUUUGUUUUGUUAUUUUUGUUGUUUUCUUCCUUCUUUUUUUUUAUAAUACUGCUCUCCCAAAGAUCCUUCAGCUCUAGUAUUAUGCUUUUGUGAUCAAUGUCAUGUCACCAACACAUCAAGAACAGUAUAGGUAUUAUUCAAUGUUGACAACCUUGAUUCCAAAAUAUUUUUUUAUAAUUGUGAUAAUUGUUUUAUCAUUAUAGCUUUAUUGCUGUUAAUAUUAUUUUAUUAUCAUUUUCAGUCAUUGUUUCUUUUUUUUUUUAUCUAUGGUCAACUCUGGGCUCUAAUUGUAAUGCUUCAGGGGCAAAUGUUUAUAACUGUGUGGGGUAAGGUUUGGUACCUACCCUAUCUCUGUGCAAAAGCAGUUCCAGCUCUUUUAAUUGCCUUAAUUAUGAUCUAAUCUGUACUUAGGUAUUAGUUUUAUUGUUGUUAUUGCUAUUGAAAGACGAUUUUUGAAGAGAUACAAUUUUAGAGUAUUAAAUGGUUCGGUUGUGAAAUUUAAUCCAGGUGAGGGGAGCAAUGAAUUACACACUAGCCAGCAGGGGAAGAACCAAAUCCUAAGAAACAAGGUUACACUGUCAAAAUAGGAACUCCUGCCAAAGUAAACUCAGUAGCAACCAAUAUUGUGAAUAGACACCUGUACACACAGACACAGACACAGACACAGACACAGACACAGACACAGACACAGACACAGACACAGACACAGACACACAGACAGGGCGAGAGAGAACUACUAAAUGUGCAAUAUGGCACACAUGUCAAAACGAUUGGGUAGAUUUCUCAUGGGAUGGAAUCAGUGUCAAUAAGUAUAAUUUCUAUGCAAAGCAAUACAUUUAUUAUAUACAGUAUAUAAAGAGUAUAUACAGUAAAUCAUAUACAUUUCUUUUUUAAUUUGUACUAGACUACAAGCUGAUAGAAUAACAAGUAUAAAGGUACAUAUUAAAACAAUCGUAUAAGCAUACUGGGUAGUUGAUGAUGGAUGUAGUUAUACUGUAUGUGGUUGUACAAUGCUAAUGCUAAUGCUAAAGAGAAACUCACUAGUUUGACAGCCUGACCAGACUCAGAGACAGCUACACACUUACAUGAAGCUACUCAGUAGUUCGACACUGCCAGUCCGCUGCCCUCUGUCGUCAGGCAGGCCCUCAUCGCUUUGCCUGUAGUGGACCUACUGUUGUGAAACACUGUCUGAAACCACACCUCCAAAGAGUUAGGUCCCACUUCAAUCAUUAAGUGGGCAUAUCCAAACUAAAUCAAAUACAUUAUUUUUAAAGCUAUCCUCUAUUAAGGACUCCUCUUAAUCCAGUUACACCAAUGUCACCAAGAUUUAGAAUAUCUUCGUCAAGGCAUCAAAGCUAUGACUACUGGGUGUAAGACUUCAAAAUCAACUGACUCAGCCACAGGUCAAAGGUGUCUUGUACUGGUUGAUAUUGUCUGUGCAAAGGUGUGUGAUUAUCAGGGUCACAGGGUUUUGUUGGAUUGAAAUGAAUUGUUUCUUGUGCUUAUGCCCUCACAUGCUAUGCAAAAAUGGAUCACAUCUGAGAAAGGCCAAGUGUUUAGCCACACUUUGCCAAUGAUUAGCAAUAUAGAUAAUUGUGACAGAGGAUUUACUCUUGACAUAGUACUCUUUAAGAUCUGAUUUUAUCCAUCCCGAUCUGAUUAUUUUCAUUUGCAUUAUAUUCAUCUUGCAUCCACAGAGUACCCACUGUUCUUGGGAGUUUAACAUUUGUUCCCCCCUCUGCAUCUUAUGUACACCUGUCUAAAUGUACUGUGUCACUGUGAAACUUUUCAUGCUAGAUAAUCACCUUAAGUUGGGUGGACAAGGUGAGCCACAGGGCACUCAUAGUGCUGACUAUAAGGGAGCCUGACUGCACACCGAUAACUUGCCUUCACAAACCAAACAAAUGCUGCAGACAACGGUUCUAAUAGCCAACACGGGUGCUAAGGACACACACAUUGCCUGACACUAAUUUGUUUGACUUUCAAAGCCAUGUAGUACUCAAAUAAAGUUAAGUAGGUGACCCCUCCCCCCCCCUCCCCCCACACACACACACACCCACCCCUUCACAAAAUGAUUGUGACUCACCGCAGAAUGAUGUAAGAGGUGUGUGAAAUCAUGAAUGUUGUUCCCAGUCAUGUUCUCUUUAUUUGGAUAGAAAAUGUAUCUGAGAUCAUUGCUUUCACCUAAAUGUCCUGUAUAUAGAUCAAUAAAUCUGAAAAUGGAAACGUA